CGCCGCCGGUCCGUCCCCUCCGCGCUGCCCCCCGGGGCGCCGCGGCCCGAUCGCGCCGUUCCGGGCGGCGGCCGCCAUGGCCGCGGCGGGCGGCGGCGGCGGCAGCGGCCCCGCGGGGCCGUGGGCGCCCGGGGCGGGCCGGGCCCUGCAGACCGCCAUGCGGGCGGCGAGCGCCGCCCUGGAGAUGGACAGCGCCGGGCGGACGCGGGAGGCCUACGUGGAGUACCUGAAGAGCAUCUCCCUCAUCGCGCAGGCCCUGCAGGAGGAGGCAGUGGGGACAGACGGGAGCGAGGGGCUCACCCCCGACACCCCGAAGAUGCUGAAGCUGGCGGAGCAGUGCCUGGAGAGGGUCAAGUCCAUCGCGGCAGUGCUGGGGAAAGCCCAGGCCAAACCGGCGGCACAGGAGCGGAGCGCGGCCCCCGCUGCCUUCCCCAGGCACCGCCGCGUCCUCUCGGAUGAGGGGGGGAAGCUCUCUCCCUUCCUGCCCCCGGAGAUCUUCCAGAAGCUGCAGAUCACGGAGGCACAGAGCGCGCGCAAGGAGCUGACGCCGCUGGAGGAGGCGUCUCUGCAGAACCAGAAGCUGAAGGCUGCCUACGAGGCGCGGGUGGCGCGGCUGAACCCCAGCCAGGCCCUGCAGAAGACCUCCCUGACGCUGUCCCUGCAGCGGCAGAUGAUGGAGAACCUGGUGAUUGCCAAGGCCCGGGAGGAGACUCUGCAGCGGAAGAUGGAGGAGCGGCGGCUGCGGCUGCAGGAGGCUGCCAACAGGAGGUUCUCCAGCAGCGUGGCCCUCACCCCCGAGGAGCAGGAGCAAAGAGCUCUCUACGCCGCCAUCCUCGAGUAUGAGCAGGACCACGACUGGCCGAGGCAGUGGAAAGCCAAACUGAAGCGGAGCCCAGCGGAUCUCUCCCUGGUGUCGGGGCUGUUCUCCUGCCUCCUCAGCUUCCCCGAGCACCCCAUCGCGCAGCUCCUGCGGCAGCUGCAGUGCGCAGUGUACACCCGCCUGUACCUGGCCAUCAGCCGGGGCGCUGCCGACACCGCCGCGGGGUCCCCCGCCGGCCUCUGCUCCCUCUCGCUGGACGCAGGGGGCUCGCUGCCCGCUGAGCCCGGGGGCCGCCGGCUCCGCGCCUCCCGCAGCCUCCACUGCAUGUUCUCGGUGCCCGAGCACGGUGCGGCCGGGCUGCGGCACAGUGUCUCCAGCACGCCCCUCGCCGCUGCCGGGCCCCCAAAAGCAGAGGGCGGCUGGACAGGACUGGCGGCAGCCCCCCAGACCCCUCGGGAGAGCUCCUUUGAGGACCUGGAGCGGUUCCUGGCAUCGCCCGAGGGCUGGGCCCCCGCAGAGCCCCCGGACGGCCCCGGGACCGAGGCGACGCUGCCGGAGCAGCUGAAGGGCAUCGUGCGGGACAUCCACAACGCCAUUGACAGGCUGCUGUCCCUGACGCUGCUGGCCUUCGAGGGGCUGAACACAGCCGCCGGCAAGGACCAGUGCCUGGCCUGCCUGGAGGAAGCCUUCUUCCCACCGCUGUGGGCCCCACUGCUGGCUCUCUACAGGAGCGUGCACCAGCCCCACGAGGCGGCCCUGGCCCGCAGCAUGGAGCGGCACCGGCACGCCGGCCCCACCGACAUGGGGCUGGCGUCCCGGCUCUUGCCCCCGGCGCCCGGCUGCCCUGCGUACGGCUCCGCCAUCGAGGACCUGCGCCUCAUCCCGCUGGAGACCUGUCCCCGCAGGAAGCUGGAGUGCAUCGGUCAGUGCAUUGUCUGGGACGGGGCUGGGGGGGGUGUCCGGGGUGACCCUCAGCGCCCCCCACUCUGUGCCACAGUGCGAGCCCUGCGCGGCAUCUGCGAGUGUGCUGAGGAGUACUGUGGUGCCCGGGACCGCCGGACCCCCGCCGCUGCCGCCAUUGGGGCAGAUGACCUGCUGCCCAUCCUGUCCUACGUGGUGCUGCAGACGGGGCUGCCCCAGCUGCUGUCCGAGUGUGCUGCCCUGGAGGAGUUCAUCCACGAGGGGUGCCUGAUCGGGGAGGAGGGAUACUGCCUGACGUCCCUGCAGAGCGCCCUGUCCUACGUGGAGUCUCUGCAGUGAGGAGGCAGCCACGGGGAUCCCUCCCCGCCAUCCACCGCCAGGAUGUGCGCGGGCUCGGCGCUGCGGCAGCAGUACGGGCAGCAGUACCGGCACUGCUUGGAGCAGCAGUUCCGCCGCGGCCGCGCCGGGCCCUGCUCCGACCCGUCCUUCGUGGAGCGGCUGCGGCAGCGGCUGCGGCGGGAGCCGGCGGUGCUGGGGGCCCUGCAGGAGGACGCGCCCGAGCUGCUGGCCCGGGGGCUGCGGGGCUGGCCCGACCCGGGGCGGGCGCUGCCGGGCAUGGCCCGCGCCUUCCGGCUGCUGGAGCUGGCGGCCGUCAACCUCUACCUCUUCCCCUGGCGCAAGGAGUUCGGCACCGUGCAGACCUUCUCCGGUGCCUACGUGCACUCGCUGCGCUCAGCACUCCCUGAAGCCGACCUGGAGCGGAGCUUCGCCCGGCUGGGCUAUGAACGGCAGGACCAGCACCGCCUGACGGUCUUCCGGCCCCCCCCGGAGCCCGAGCUGCUCGCUGCUGCCUGCGGCUUCUUGGCCUGCCGUCUGGAGUGCGAGAUCCUGGUGGAGGUGGUGCUGUGCCUGCACCCGCACCAGCCCAGUGCUCAGGAGCUGCUGCACGCCCGGCGGCUGGCCGGUAACGUGGAGGCCUGCGUGGAGAUGCUGCAGCAGAUGGGGAUGCAGCCCAAGGCGGCUGCCAGCUGCGGUGACAGCGUGGACCUUUACCAGGCCGAGCCAAGCAGCCCUGAGGACGUGGAGGGCGAGGACACAGCCCCUGCAGCACUGCAGAGUGACCCUGGCAGCCCACGGGGUGCUCUGGACAUGCCCAUAAGGAGCUGGGACUGCUGCGGCGACCCCAAGCUUGGGCAGGAGCUGGUGCUCUCCAUUGGCAACCCUGACCUGGACACCUCUUCUCACCUCUUCCUGCAGCAGGACCUCAGUGGGGCCGGUAGCCUAUUCCCCACCCUGGCUGUGGGGAGCAGAACCCCCCCAGUGCCAGGGGAGCCCCAGGACUCUGCCUGUCCUUCAGCCCCCGAAGAAGCUCCGGAGCUGCCCUGCUACCAGCUGCACUCGUGCGUGCGCCAGGGCGUGCUGCCCUCCUACUGCUGCACCACGUGCCAGCAGCUCCACGCCGGCGCCUGCGCGGCCGGCCUGGCCUGUCGCAGCCACCACCACGGGCAGGAGCUGCGCAGCGAGCGCCAGCAGCGGCUCUGGCUACAGCGCUCGGAGGUGGACAGGCUGCUGACCAAGAGCUGCGGACCCCAGUCGUAGCACUGCAGCGUCCUGCUGCUGCUGCUGCCAACUGUGCACGUCCCCUUGUGCCUGCAAAGAGAUGGGGAUAGCCAUUGCUGGGCCUUAUGAGGGACACUGGGCUCACCCCACGGGGAGGGAACAGUGCCUGGGCCAUGCUCUGCUUCGUCUCCGGGGUGGUGGGAGCCUGCUCCAGCCCCGGCCCUCCUGCUGUACAUGCUUGGAUGCAACUCAGUAAAGUGCAGCUGCCUCGCA